AUGCCCAACGCAAUCUUCUUUACAGCAUGCCUUCUUGCGAUUUGUCUACCUAUCCUAAGCGUACAAGUCCCUCGCACAACUCUCUACACACGCUAUGUCCGCUCAAGACAUAUCUUAGAACCACGAUCCCCGGAACGUGAAAACAGCGCCACAACCGCAACGACAUCACGCACCAAAACCGACACGGACACAGAAAUCAAUACUACGAUCACAGAAUCAAAGUCAAAACAACACGUGCCAGACCAGCACCGCGAUAAGUACCGGGCCUACAUCAAAUACCAGACCUCGAACUCAACCUCGAUCUCGCCACCCGAGUUCCUACGACGGGGCCCCUCCUCCACGCCCCAUAUCUACGCCUCAGUCCCGACCCAGACACCCUCGCAAAGCCUUGACGGUACGCAUACUGGAGCCGCAUCAGCAGGACGCGAAGAAGGCGACGUAAGCCCGAGUCGCAAGAAGCCAUGGGAUCCGCCGUUUCCAAGGCGAGAAAGUGUCAAGGUGGGGAGUUGGCGGGUUCUUCCCCCUGCACCGGUGACACAAGGACAGCGCGAGAGCGGCGACAUGAGUGUUCAAGAAGAUGAUGGUGUUGAUGGGAAGUUUGAUACGGAGACUGCAGACGAGGAUACGAGGAUGUUGAAGGCGAGUAGCGCAGAUGAUAAGGGUGUAGGGCAAAUGAGAGGCCUGGGCCCCGAUCACGCUGCCAACCAGGCGAAGAAGGCAAAGAGUAAGACGAAGGCUAUGACCGUGGUAUGGACCACAGCCGCGGUUAUGGCGAUGAUUCUGUUUCUCCUGGCGUUUGCGGUGCUAGUUGCACACUGUCUGGCCUGGUUCUUGGUGUAUAAGACCGAGGCAAGGUUGGGAGAGGCGAGGAGGGGAAUCAUGACGCGUGGGGACAUGAGAUUGUGUCUGUGUGCUGCCUGA